AUGUCCGACAACGGUAGAGAGCCUCAGGCGCAUCGGCAGCAGCAGCAUUCACCACAACCCAUCGCCCACGGCUCCUACCAUGACGACCCGGACGCCGCCGCCGCUGCUCCCGAGGGCCCCCGCUUCGAGCCAAUCUUCACCCUCCUGACCAACUCGUCCACAAACGAGACCAUCCACCCGCGCGUCCGCUACCUCUUCGCCGACGACGACCCCUCGUCCAUCAUCGCCCACGAGGCAGACCACGACGCCGACACCUCCUCUCCCGGCGCCCCUCACCGCACCCUCGUCGUCGACCUCGCCCCCCGCGACCCCUCCUCUACCUCCACCGCCGCCACCACAACCGCGAACAACUGGUCCGUCUCCUGGGCCGCCAGCCUAAGCCCCGACUUCGCCAUCACAGACUCCCACCUCCUCCCCAUGCAGCAGGGCGACCACCCCGACACAACAACCUCUACAACCAACCCCGCCGCCCACAAUGCCUCCUCCUCCCCCAACGGCGGCGGCCUCAUGCUCCGCAUCGACGGCGUCGAGCGCGAGCCAGUCGAC